UCUCUGUCUCUAUCCCCAGAUCAGUAACUUUGAAGUCACCCCAAAUUACAACAUCCUGUCUUUCGCCACUGAUGUGAAGGAAAUUGUAAAUAUCCUCGACGAUCAAAAUGAUGUGGCCAUUGUAAAGCACCAGUUGAAAACAUUCCAAUACAGCAGUCAUGGAGAUGCGACCGGCACCAAUAUUAGAGAAGCCUUUAACAGCAUCUACAACAAAAUGAAUUUCCUGAAAGCACAAGAUGAGAAGAAAUUUAAGGACAUUCGACACGUCAUCAUCCUCUUCACCGACGGCAGGGCCAACAUGGGUGGGAAUCCAGUGGAGGUGGUGAGGAAGAUCAAGGAACUGGUCUACGCCCUCCGAGAGGAGAACAAGGAGGACUAUCUGGGUGAGAGAGACACGUCACAGGAAGAGGCCAGGCUGGCGGCGACCUCUAACCCCCGACUGAAGACUCCACAUCCCGGAGCCCCAGAAGGACUGAGCUCUGCUCUCAGGGCCUGUGACCUUUAACCCCUGACUGAAGAC